AUGGAUAUUCUUCAACAAGCAAUGAAAAUAAAUUCAACAACAAUAUCCAAUAAUUCAUCUGAUUCUACUGAUGUUAUUAAACCAGAACAAAUAUUUCUUCUAGUAGGUUCUCUUUAUCGAUUACCAAUCAAUAGUGCUAAAAUUCGAGAACAAAUCGAAGGAUUAAAACGCAUACAGUCUAAAUUUACUCAAAAUAGAGAACAUGUUGUUAAUUUACCAGUAGAAGCCGAUUGUUCAUCAGUAAUAACAGAUUUAAAAAAUAUUCUUUAA